UGGCCGGAUGGCGGCGGCGGUGGCCGCUGGAGCAGCGGUGCCGGGAGGGAGCGACGACCACCCGCUGUACCGCAAGGCCGCAAGCAACAUCUCGUCCUCCUCUGCUGGCCGCUUGGGUGUCCACGGUGCGCUCGCUGGAGUCCAGUUCCCCCGCUACAGCCUCAUCGCGGCCGGAGCGCCGCCCCGUCACGUGAAGGCGCUGGCGUUGCCCGCGGGAUUCCUGGCCUCCAACUCCAAGGGUGGCCGGCUGGCGGCGGUGGUGGUGGCCGCCGUGGCCGCGUCGGCGCCGGGAGAGAGCGACGACGAGCUACCGUCGUCGGAGGACUGCGAGGCGGCAUUGUCGGCGUUCCAAUUGGAGAUGGAGCUGUUCAAGUUCUCCCAGCGCCCAGUCGUCGCAUUGGUUGGCAGCCCCACCGAUCUACUGAUGGAAGGAGCUUCCCGCACUGCCAAGGACUGCACACAAGUGUUGGAGUUUUUGCUGGCUCGAGUGCCUGUCCACAGGGAUACUCUCAAGGAGUUGAUCUCCGUCGGGCAAGUUUUUCUCACUGUGGAGAGUCAAGCUAAGGAAGGGUACGUGAAGGCCGAUGCGUUGGCGAGCUCCAUCCAGGGGCUGAAGCUGGUCUGCAAGAUUUUCUUUGAGGGCGUGAAGUUUCCCGAAUACUCCGGGCCGGUGGUACCACACUCCGCCGAUGACAUCAACAAGGAAUCCUUCUUCAAGGAACUCAUCAACGUCUUCAUCGUCUUGCACACGGCACUGUACUGGGAGGCAUGUAACAAGUACGGCUUCAGUACUGGAGGAGCCAACUACUCUGUUUAGGGAGGACUACAACAAGAUCAUACUGUCUAGGGAUUGGAGGCCUAGAUUAUUACUACGCUGUUUCUGUUCCUCGUUAUUUAGUUAAGUCCAUCUCUGUGUUUGCUUCUUAGAAACCUCUUAAACUUAAUCUUAACGCUCAUGCGAGUGCCUAUAUCUAUAUAUUGGGUCGUUGCUCAAUUUCCAAAGCUAA